UUUUUUUAUUAUUUAAUUUUUCUUUCUUUCUCUUAUUGUUCUGGCACUUCAGAAAGGACCAAAUUUGGAUGAAAAUAAGAUGUGUAUUAAAAGAGAGUGAUAUCAAAUAGGAGUACCCCAUCUUGUACAUUGCCGCUGAAAAGGUGGGUCCAAUACCAUAGUUUAAAUCAUAUUCAUAUUUAUCCGUUUAAAAAAAUAGUUUCCCUAAAACAGAGUGCGCUGUAAUCGUAGGCAACUAGAUAAAGUUCAAACUAGUUUGAAGAGAGCUAAGCAAAGCAAAAGUAAAAUCAAGGGACAGAGAGAAGAUGGAAAGUAACCUAGAAGAGGGGAUUAAGUCCAAAGUGUUGAAUGUUGACUCGGUGGAGUCCUGGGACUCAUGUUUUAACCAGGCAACCAGUCAAGGCUCCCCUAUUGUUGUUCACUUCACUGCUUCGUGGUGCAUGCCUUCGGUAGCUAUGAAUCCAAUAUUUGAAGAACUAGCCUCAACCUACCCAGAUGUCUUGUUUCUUACGGUUGAUGUUGAUGAGAUUAAGGAGGUAGCAAGUAGAAUGGAUGUAAAGGCGAUGCCCACUUUUGUGUUGAUGAGAAAUGGAGCUCAGGUGGACAAGCUUGUGGGUGCCAAUCCAGAUGAGAUAAAGAAAAGGAUUGACAGUUUUGUUCAGUCUAGUCGCGUAUAUGUUGCCUAGUUAGUUUUCGUGUACAAUGUACAUACAGAAUUGAAUAAGUGGUUGUGCUUGUAAUAGUUGUGGUGGUCAGAUCAGCAGCAUUGGUUUUGAAUUUGUCAAGUUAUUUGCUUUUCAUGAUAUUUUUAUGAUUUUCUUUCCUUACUUUGUUAUAACUUAGCAGCUGCUGCAGCCGUAAUGGUUUGAAAGUGUGAGCUUCAUUUUUUUUUUUUAAAAAAAAAAGACUACAUGAACAAUUUCUUUUCAGAUAUUAUAUUCAACUUUUGCUAAAGAAAA